AUGGCCACCGCAACGCAGUCUUCCACAUCUAACGCAAACUCAGAAGAUGCCAACAACAGUGGCCUGCUCUCCGCCACAGUUGUGGCCGGUCUACAGAAUCUGGGCACCACACUAAACGCAGCCAUCAGCAAAACACUUAUUGCCAAUUCAAUGAAAUUGACGCUCCAUCCAGAUGCAAUUAUUGCACCAGUGCCAGAAAUAUACGCAACGAAUGCUGCCAGCGCCAAACAGAGUGAAUAUGCUGUAGUCACGCUCUAUGCGGUAGCCACCAAACAUGGAUGGGACAGUGGAACGCUGCGCCAGCAGCUUGAAGCUCAUGGGCUACAUGCCAGCGCACUGGAUGAGCUGACACGCGUCUAUGAGGACAAUCGCAAGGAGCUGGUGCUGCGUCAACUGCAGUUGGGUCACAGUUUUCCACACAUCACCGAUGUGCAGUGGCGCAUCGUUUGCGAUGUGAAAUCCUCGACUUCCGGCAGUAGCAGUGGUGCCCCGCAUUUCCACAUCAAUCUGGGGCAGUAUCGCCAGAGUAGCGGCGAGCGUGUCACCAUUGUGGAGUUCAUGUGCAAUGCCGAGGAGCUACAUUCGCUGAUUAAUCGGCUAAAGGACAUUGAAAGACACUGCAAUCAGGUGGCCAUCACUUAAAUCUCAAAUUGACUUGAAUAGAUCACAAAAUUGCAUGUUUAUAUAUACAAUAUUAUACAUACAUACAUAUAUAUAGUACUACUGUUUACUAGAUUAGAUCAUGUAUUAUGCGUACGCAAAAUGUUUCAAUUUUAAUGUUG